CUCAUUUUAGAAUGUUGGAUGUUUCCUAUUUGAGAAGAACCUUGUAGUCCCAAGUUGACUGCUCACUACAUGUGAGAAGUUUUACUGUUUGAAGAUACUGAAGUUGACUUUAAUACUUCACUAGUAACAUAGUUUAGGAUUUGCUGUGUAGAGGAACAGAUAGUCUUGGAGGAUUAAUGGCCUAGAAUGUGCCGAUGUGCCAAAAAACUAUACCACAGAGAAAGUCAAAACUUUGUUGGUUUAAUAUAGUGGUCAGUGCGAAGAAAGAAACUCAAUAUCUCGUUCACUGUGCUAUUUGCAACACAGUUAAUUUAAUUAACACUUUUGUAAGUUUCUGCAACACGUGAUCAUUUCAAUUAGGACUUCUCAUCAAUGUGUCUGUUGACUUGAGAAAUACUAGUGUGACAACAGUUAUAUCUAAUUGCCGUAAGCAGAUGUACCAGAGCUUCAGAGAAGUAUUCGAGUUCUAUUCUGUUGGUCAUCAUCAUGGCAAGAUGUUGUCUAUGUCCUGGACGAAACAAUCAGGUGUUUCACAGUACGUCCGUCAGAAUACCUUAUGUCUCGCAGACUUUUGUAGUCGAUAAUACAGAUGGAGUUCGUAUGUCUCGUAUGUGUACUGAUAAUAAAUUAAUUAGUAUUUAUGAUGAUAACAUAGCAACAGUCUACGAUGCCUUUCAAAAUGGAUUAAAGGAAUCUGGAGAUAAACCAUGUCUUGGUUACAAGCCUUCACCAGAUAAACCAUACACGUGGAUUACAUAUAGAGAGGUCAGUCAACGUGUUGCUCAUCUGGGAUCUGGUUUGGUUCAAUUAGGCCUGGAGCCACAAAAUAAAACAUGUGUUGGCGUUUAUUCACAAAAUAGGCCAGAGUACAUAAUAAUAGAUCAAGCAAUAAUCCGGCAUUCAAUGACUGGAGUUCCUCUCUAUGAUACGCUUGGGGUAGAUGCAUGUAAUUUUAUUAUUAACCAAGCUGAGUUGACAACUAUAUUCUGUGACAACAAUGAUAAAGUUUCUAGUUUGCUUGAUCGCAGAAAACAAUUUCCUUGCUUAAAAACCAUAAUUAUUAUUGAUCAAAUGAAUGAAAAAAAUAGAAAUAAAGCAGCAGAAGAAGGUGUGCGUCUAUUACAAUUGGAAGAUGUGGAGAAUUUAGGAAAGGAGAAUCCUGUAGCACCAACUCCACCUAAACCAAAUGAUUUAUACAUGAUAUGUUAUACAAGUGGAACUACUGGUACACCAAAGGGAGCUAUGUUGAGUCAUAGAAAUAUAAUAGCAGUGUUUGCAGCAGCUCAAGAAUUUUUGAAAAACUGUGGAAGUAAGAUUUACCAAGACGAUGUUUUAAUUUCAUACUUGCCCCUGGCCCAUUCUUAUGAGAGAGUUAUUGAGGCUCUAAUUCUAGCAGUGGGAGCUCGAAUUGGCUUUUUCCAGGGGGACAUUAAAAAAUUAAUGGAUGAUCUCAAAGAGCUGCAACCAACUUUAUUUCCAACUGUGCCUCGUUUGCUCAACAGAUUUUAUGACAAAGUUUUAACAGGUGUGAAUUCAAGUAAAGUAAAAAAAUUCUUGUUUAACAUGGCUCUAAAAAGCAAAACUAAAGACUUAAAACGUGGCAUUAUUCGGAAUGAUACUAUUUGGGACAAAUUCAUUUUCCGUUCUGUUCAACAAGCAUUAGGAGGUCGUGUUCGGAUCAUUACGACUGGUUCAGCUCCUAUCUCAAGCACUGUGCUUAGUUUUUUGAGGUGCAUUGUCGGCUGUCCUAUCCUGGAAGGCUAUGGGCAGACAGAGAAUGCAGCUGUCAGUACACUUACAGUUCUUGGAGAUCCAGAACCAGGUCACGUUGGACCUCCAUUACCAUGUAAUAUGGUGAAGCUCUGUGAUGUUCCAGAAAUGAAUUACUUUGCUAGAGAUAAUAAAGGAGAGAUUUGUAUUAAAGGUCCCAAUGUAUUUCUCGGCUAUUUAAAAGAUGAGGAAAAAACUAGAGAGGCUCUAGAUGAGGAGGAUUGGCUACAUACUGGUGACAUAGGAGCAUGGACGCCGAAUGGAACUUUGAAAGUUAUUGACAGAAAAAAGAAUAUUUUUAAACUUUCUCAGGGUGAAUACAUAGCUCCAGAAAAGAUAGAAAACAUUUUUGCUCAAUCCCCGUACGUGGCCCAAGUCUAUGUUCAUGGAGACAGUCUGCAGGCUUUUCUUGUGGGUAUCAUUGUACCAGAUGCUGAAACAUUACCCAAUCUCUGUACUAAACUUGGCGUUAGUGGUUCCCCUAAAGAACUUGCGCAAAGUCCAGCUGUAAAAGAUGCAAUACUAAAAGAUUUAAUAGAAUUGGGAAAACAGCAAGGCUUAUCAUCAUUGGAAAUGGUAAAAGACAUUUAUUUGCAUCCUGACUUAUUUUCUGUGGAAAAUGGACUUCUUACACCAACCUUUAAAACUAAAAGACAAGAUGUGCAGAAAUUCUUUGCUAAGGAAAUAGAAUCAAUGUACGACCGAGCAACAGAAAACAUUAGGUCAUAAAUAUGUUUAUUUAGUUGAUUAUGUGUUUGCUAUGAAAAUAUUUUAAAUAUUAAUUACUCAUGAUACCGGUUUAAAGGCUCUUUUGAAUGUACUGUGGUUAUUAAAUCAACUGUAUAAGUAUGUAACGUAUGAUCUGUUCUGACGAAAUGACUUUUUAAAAUUAUUUUUAAGAUCAAACAAAAAUGUAGUAAAAUACAUAAAAUACUUGUUUCUCUCAUUGAAUCGCUUGUCUAUCUUUACUUGGAAACAUUUUAAACACAUAUAAAUGGUUAAAUUAAGAUGAAAAUCAAAUACAUUAUAGUGAUCUUCAGUGCGGUUUUAGAAUCUCUAUUUAUUAGAAUUCUGUUGUUACCAAAGAUUCAUUUUGCCAGAACAGAUCACAUCUUAAGUCACCUGAUAUAACAAUUCCGACAUACAUAUAUUGUCUUUAAAAACUUGAAAUAGUCUAAUUAAAACCCUCUUUAACCAAGUUUUCUUUUCCCUUUUGGUAAAAUAAAUAAUAAAUUAGUAAACAGUAUAUUAAAUUUCUGUUAACUCUUGACCAGGUCAUGUACUUUUGCCACAACAAAUGUAGAAGUGUAUUGACCUUUGAGAUUUAUUUGAACACAAUUUUAUUAUUGCUUUCACUUUGUUUGGGGAAGAGAAUUUUUUUUUUUUAUUUUGAAUUCCAUGAAGUCAACAUAAUGCUUCAUUCUUAAUGCCUUUUUUGGGGGGGUCUGUCAGCUACCAAAGAGCAAUUAAUGACUUAACUAUUAUAGUUUUAGAAUCUUUAUUUGAAAGUGUUAAAUGGGCUAUAGCAAAUACAUGUCUGAUUCUCAAAUGAUUCAACAUAUUCUCCUAAAGGUCUUCUAAUAAGAUCUGAACACAUCAAUGUUCAAAACAGUUGUACAUAGGAGCCACAUCAGCUAAGUGUGUUUCAGUCUUUGAGGAGAUUUUUACAAAUAUUUUCUUGAGUGUGUCACAUUUGGAACAAAUGUCAAACCCAAAGGGCCUUUUUAUAAAUACCUUUUUAUUAGAAAUACUGCCAUAGAUGUGUCUGUCUGCCACAUUACAUUUUAUGGUAGAAUUGUUUUCUUUUAAUCUUUUCUGCUGCUAACACAUUUUUUAAAAAAGUCUGAGGAAAUCUGACAUGGCAGCAGCUGGCAUACAAAAUGUUCCUAUUGUUGUAUUUUUUUUAAAAAUUAAUAACAAUUAUAUUUGUUAUUUAUAACCAUGUUAAUUAUUGUUGUGACAUAUUUAUAUUUCAGCUGUCCAUUCAUACUAUAUUCCAAAUGUGCAAAAUAAUGUUUGAAUAAUUUUGUUGACCAUAUCAUCUCAUUUCUUGUUUCCUAUUAGAUCAGUUCAUAUAAUCGGAGACAGACUAUAAACAUGUUUAUAGCACAUAAUUAACAGAAAACAUUUUUGGUUUUGUCAUCUUUCAAAAAUAAAACAAAGCCAAAAAUUGUAUAACAUUAAGAAUGGGUCAGACUUUUGUUACUAUGUCUAAUAAAUGGAGGAAGUUGUAUGAAUGAGGUAACCCCUCUUGUUCUCUGUGGUGUGUGUGUGGGGUUUUUCGUUGUUAAUUUUAAGUGGACAGUUCCAAGAAUCUUUAAAUUGUCUUGUAAAUAAAUAAGAUUUACUUAAUCAUUUUUGUGAAUUCAUCUGUAUUUUUUCAACCUAAAUUUCAUAUAAAUUUAACAGAAAACUUAUCUAAGAAUGCUGAAAGAAAUUAUAACAGUGGAACCCUUUCUUAUGCAAGAAUUACACUAUGUGCCUAACCUCAUAGAUCUAAGCCUAUUUUACAUUCCUAAAAGAGAGACUAGUUUUGACUCCACAUAAAAAGAAAAUGUUACUGCCCUUGUGUCCAUGUAGCUUGGGUACGUUUAUUCCUUCCCUUUUUUUUGUUUCUAUUUAUGUUGGUUGCUGAAUGGUCCAGAGAUCACUUGAUGACUCAGCUAUUUAUUGCAGUGUUUCUCUAACACAAGGUGCAGGGACUCUACUAAUAAGCAUUAGUAACUGUUUCUGAGCUAGAUGUUUUUUUUUAAGUGAACCAAAUGUUUGACUUAUUGGGUUUGAAAAUAUACACAAUGACAAAAGGAGGGAAACAUGUUGUGAAUUAUUUCAGUUUGAGAGGAAAUCACACUUGGUUUCUACUCACUACACUGAGAUUAAAUUCACAAUAGUAUUGUGUUAAGUGAAAUAAUACUAAAGUAACCAUUUUGCAAUUAAUCUUGCAGUUUAUAAAAUUGAUAAAUGCAUUUGUAUUAAUUUUGUUUACUUAUGUUCAACAAAUUAUGCUCUAUGGGUUCCACUGUAUAAUUGUUACUAGCAAUAGGCUACCAAUAUAAGCUCUAUAGGUUAUUUUAUUUUCAUGAGCUAUUAGCAUUUUAUAAUUUAGAUAGGUGUUUGUUGUUUGUUUGUUUUUUUUUUUUGUUUUUUUUAUUAUUUCUUAAAGCAGAUAAUUUCUGAAUGGUGGGCUUUGUGUGCAUUCCUUCACCUGUGCACUAUGUUACUCCAGAGUUCAAUUCAUUAUAUUUAAUUUUGCUUGGCUUUGUAAGUACCUAAGCCUUUAGUCCUUUUAAGCAAUCUUCAUUGUUUUCCCUCUACUAGCAACAUUGGUCAUCAAUUAAAUGUGGUGUGUUGUGUGUGUGGAUAGAGUACUAGGACAUUGGUGAUAUCAAGUGUGUGAGUCCAUAAUAAAAUAUUAUUUUCAAACUC